AUGAGAAGAUCCCAAGACAACCACUGUCAGAACCAGGAAGAAGGGAGGUGGGAUAUUUCCAAAAAAGCUAAUAUCCCAAAUUAAUCGGAAAACUUUCCUAGAUAAUGAUGGUGCCAUUCAGGUGGAGGAACGCAGUAGCGGUCUUACUGCCGGUUUUAAGUUUAUUAGUGCCUGUGCGAGCGGAUGAACAUGAACACACGUACACAGACAAAGAGGAGGUGGUUUUAUGGAUGAACACAGUGGGGCCCUAUCACAACAGGCAGGAGACAUAUAAGUACUUCUCCCUGCCGUUCUGCGCGGGCAUCAAGAAGACCAUCAGUCACUACCAUGAGACGUUGGGAGAGGCUCUGCAGGGAGUUGAGCUGGAGUUUAGUGGCUUAGACAUCAAGUUUAAAGAGGAAGUGAUGCAGACGACAUACUGUGAAAUCGAACUGGACAAGGCCAAAAGAGAUGCUUUCGUCUAUGCAAUCAAGAACCACUACUGGUACCAAAUGUACAUUGACGACCUUCCUAUCUGGGGCAUUGUUGGAGAGGCAGAUGAGAACGGGGAAGACCAUUACCUCUGGACUUACAAAAAGCUUGAAAUCGGCUUCAAUGGUAACAGGAUUGUGGAUGUUAACUUGACCAGCGAGGGCAAAGUCAAGCUUGUACCAAACACAAGAAUCGCCAUGUCUUACUCAGUGAAGUGGAAAAAAUCUGAUGUGAAAUUUGAAGACCGUUUUGAUAAAUACCUCGAUCCAUCCUUUUUUCAGCACAGAAUUCACUGGUUCUCCAUAUUUAACUCCUUCAUGAUGGUGAUUUUCCUGGUGGGUCUGGUGUCUAUGAUUCUGAUGAGGACACUAAGGAAAGACUAUGCCAGAUACAGCAAAGAGGAGGAAAUGGAUGAUAUGGAUCGAGAUCUUGGGGAUGAGUAUGGAUGGAAGCAGGUCCACGGUGAUGUGUUCCGGCCGUCAAGCCACCCUCUGAUCUUCUCCUCCCUUAUUGGCUCUGGUUGCCAGAUCUUCUCAGUAUCCCUCAUUGUCAUCGUUGUGGCCAUGCUUGAGGACUUGUACACCGAGAGGGGGUCCAUGCUGAGCACAGCCAUAUUUGUGUAUGCUGCCACAUCCCCAGUGAACGGGUACUUCGGGGGAAGCCUGUAUGCAAAACAAGGGGGGAGGCGGUGGAUAAAGCAGAUGUUCGUCGGAGCCUUUCUGAUCCCUGCUAUGGUGUGUGGCACUGCCUUCUUCAUCAACUUCAUCGCGAUUUACUACCAUGCGUCCAGAGCCAUCCCAUUUGGCACCAUGGUCGCGGUGUGCUGCAUCUGCUUCUUCGUGAUCCUACCUCUGAACCUGGUGGGGACGAUCCUGGGCCGGAAUCUGUCAGGGCAACCAAACUUCCCGUGCCGAGUAAAUGCGGUGCCCAGACCGAUCCCGGAGAAGAAGUGGUUCAUGGAACCAGCUGUCAUUGUAUGCCUGGGUGGCAUCCUGCCUUUUGGCUCAAUAUUCAUCGAGAUGUACUUCAUAUUCACGUCAUUCUGGGCCUAUAAGAUUUACUAUGUGUAUGGCUUCAUGAUGCUGGUGCUAGUGAUCUUGUGUAUCGUGACCGUCUGUGUGACCAUUGUCUGCACCUACUUUCUGCUCAAUGCUGAAGACUACAGAUGGCAGUGGACAAGCUUUCUCUCUGCAGCAUCUACAGCUGUCUAUGUUUACAUGUAUUCCUUUUACUACUAUUUCUUCAAAACAAAGAUGUACGGCUUGUUUCAGACGUCGUUUUAUUUUGGCUACAUGGCUGUGUUCAGUACAGCGCUGGGCAUCAUGUGUGGAGCAGUUGGUUAUAUGGGUACAAGUGCCUUCGUGAGGAAGAUCUACACAAACGUCAAAAUUGACUAGCAGACUUGCAGAGGAUCCUUCAGCAGGGGCGGGCACAAGGUGUUUGUUUUUUCUUUCUUUUUUUUUUUUUGCAAGAAGAGAUUGUGAUCUUAUCUUGUACAAGUCUAGUUUUCCAUUUUCUCAAAGUCGAGGUUGCAAAGACGUGUAUACAAGGGCAUAAUGUAAGAUGAAAUAAAAUGACUUAUUUUUAAUUUUUUUUUUUUAUUAUUAACUGUUUCAUUUCUUUCCUUUGGAGCAAUGCAUAGAAUUUAUGCAGUUUAAAACGGAAGAAGGUGAGCCACAACCUUGGUCCUAUCUCUGACAACUGUCCCACCCACCAUCAGUGAACAUGGACCUGUAUGGAUGGAAUAGUCUAGCUCUCUUCAGUGAAGAGGCCAAAGUAUAGAGAGCCUUUGUUCUAUUAUAUGAGAAUAUUGGAGAGUUGGGAUUGUGUCCAUGCUCUUACAUGUCUGUUUUGUAUUACCAGCUUGAGUGAUGCCGUUGUGUGCUUGUUUUUGGCAAUUGUCUCGAAUCAUCAAGAGCAUAAAUAAUUUUUGCAUUUACAAAAAUCACAUUGGAUUCCCCCCCACCUCCCCACCCCUUUUAAAAUCUUGGUGUUCAGUUUUCUGUAGCCAGACUUGUUCACAUAGCACCAUUUUCUUUGUUGUUGUUGUUGUUUUUCCUUUACUAGUUUACACUAAGUAGUUGAAAUCAGCUGACUGGAAAUAAAUAGUUUGGGUCAAAAUUACUUGGUUCUAUCAUGGUUCCCUACCCAGCAAAUUAAUGUAGGACUGGUCACCUGAGAGAUGUGUAGUUGGCCGAUUUUUAACUGGUUGUGUUGGUCAUGUUGUGUUUUCAAGUUUGGUCUUUUAAUGUUGGGGUUUGAAUGAAGUCUGUGAAGAUAAUAUAUGGAUGGGGUAAACCUGUAUAUAACCUUAAUAAUAUAACUGUAGAUGUAGAUCCCAAAUGUAUUUUGGUUGUACAGAUUUAUUACAGGGUGUUUUUGUAAAAGACCUUCAGCUGAAAGUUGUUGUUUUGUUGUUUGUUUUUUUUUAGCUUGGGGUGGGCGGCACUGUUGCAGCUUGGCUAUUGCAUGAAGUUUUCACCUAAUGUAUCAAGUUAUAUUUUUGUAUUUACUGUCCUCCCCCAUCUGCCAUACAGAUUGUUAAAACAUCCAAAAUCUGAAGUGCUUGACUUCUGUGCUGCUCUUAGACAAAGUAGUAUCACUUUUUUUUUUAAAUCAUUUAUGAUUUAAAGCUUUAAAUGGCUCACCAUUUAGGUAAACAGCCGCCACCCUCAUGCUAACUCAUAUCCGUUACAAGGAGCAACAUUGUGAAUGUCAGACACAUGCUGAGUUUCUGCAAGCAUACUGUAAAAAGAGACGUUAAUGUACACUUUACUAGAUGUUUUCAUUGCUACAGGAAGUGCCACAAAUGCACUCCCAGCAAAGCUGAAUUUUUUUUCCUGCUUUGUAAAUACAGUAUGUAACUAAAGAUGUCAGAUGUGGCAAAAGCAUUUUUCUAACCCCUAAAACAGCUUAAAUUCUAGUUGAUUUCUGGUUCCUCCUCAUGUCAUGAACGGAACAUUUUAAACAUGCUAUCAAAAACCUUGUUGUAAAAAGGAAAAAAAAAAAUAAAGUUUGUGUACGGAGGUUAUAUAGGCAUGUUUUGAAUUAUACAAAUGAUCUCGAUUAAUAUUUUGGUGAAAUACAUUUCCCAAUUCCUAAAGACAGCCAAAUAAGGAACCACGUUUGAGAAUUACACACAUUUUCUCUGUAACUGAUUGCACUUUUCAAUCAAUAGAAUAAAAGAAUGGUGUGAUGGCA